AUGGCUUCUCGAACCCCAUCACCGUCGGUGAGUAUUGAUAGCGCAUCCUCGCGUCAACCGACACCUAUCGAUCUCUCCUUGGCAGAGACAAGUAAAGAAGGCUUGGUCGUCACCGCCUGCGAAAAGGGCGAUCUUCCCACGCUGGUACAUCUAGCUACUAGCACCCAUGGGUUGGUGAGCGAUCGCUUGCGGCGCACCGCAUGGCCCAUCCUGCUGGCAUGCAAAGCUACAGAUGAAGACAAAGUAUCGUGGAAGGAUCUGCCGGCGCAUCGUGAAGAGGGACAAGUCGGUCUCGACGUAAACAGGGCCUUCGUAUACUAUCCAAAGUAUAACUCAGAGAAAGAGCUUGACCGCCGGAAACAUGAGCUCUCGAACGUUAUCCUCGAGGUCCUGCGUCGACACCCAGCCCUGUCCUACUUCCAGGGCUACCACGACAUUGUCCAAGUGUUCUACCUUGUCCUAGGCACAAAUGCUGCUCCUCAAGCAGCUGCCCGCCUCAGUCUCCUUAGGAUCAGAGACUUCAUGCUCUCGUCCCUCGACCCUGCAAUAGCCCAGCUCGAACUCCUACGUCCUUUGCUUCGCGAAGCCGAUCCAGUACUGUACGAGCACCUGCCUAAGAGCUCCGCAACGUUCGCGCUAGCCGGUACCAUUACAAUGUUCGCCCAUAACAUCCAAGAGUACAGAAAUAUCACACGGUUGUUCGACUUCUUCCUGGCACGUCACGCUAUUAUGCCGCUCUACUUUUUCGCGGCUGUGGUGCUGUCCAGGCGAGAAGAACUGCUGGAGAUUGAUAAGGAAGAGGAGGACAUACUGCACGUCAUGCUCAGCAAGCUACCCGAGCCAUUCGAUAUCGAGUUCCAUAUUGCACGCUCAGUCGAGCUCUUCGAAAGGCUCCCGCCAGGAUCCCUAGGCAGCUGGGAGUGGUGGCGCAUAUCGUCGUCCAGCGUAUUGAAGAGUUCAGCUACCCUGGCGGAUAUGCAACGCUUGACGUUGGAUGAUGGCGAGCGCCUCUUCACUCAGCAAGAGAAGGAAGUUCAUUGGCAGCAAUACCAGAAGAAGGUUGUGCGGCAAGCAAUGAGGAGCAUUAAGCAUGCGAAGUUGCGCUUGUGGUAUUACAGACGCUAUGGAGCCGUUGGCCUUGCCAUUGUUGUUGGCGCAUAUGCGCUUUGGCUUGGUAAGAAUGGAGGCCUGGACUUCUCAAGAUAUUCAAUAUUUGGGUAUCAGGGCGAUCUCAUACGGCAUUUCAUUGGUGCUUAA